GAUUGGCCUCCUGUACUCUCUACUCUGUCAAUUUCAGGUUCCUGUGGAUGGCGUCCCAGGCCUUGCUGGAGCUACAGCCUUCCAACCAAAGCCAGCAGGCGCCUCCCAACAUCACCUCCUGUGAGGGCGCCCCGGAAGCCUGGGAUCUGCUGUAUCGGGUGCUGCCAGGGUUUGUCAUCACUGUCUGUUUCUUUGGCCUCCUGGGGAACCUUUUAGUCCUGUCCUUCUUCCUUUUGCCUUGGCGACGGUGGUGGCGGCAGCGGCGGCAGCGCCUAACCAUAGCAGAGAUCUACCUGGCUAACUUGGCAGCUUCUGAUCUGGUGUUUGUGCUGGGCCUGCCCUUCUGGGCAGAGAACGUUGGGAACCGUUUCAACUGGCCCUUUGGAAGUGACCUCUGCCGGGUGGUCAGCGGGGUCAUCAAGGCCAACCUGUUCAUCAGCAUCUUCCUGGUGGUGGCCAUCAGUCAGGACCGCUACAGGUUGCUGGUAUACCCCAUGACCAGCUGGGGGUACCGGCGGCGACGGCGAGCCCAAGCAACCUGCCUGCUCAUCUGGGUAGCUGGGGGCCUCUUGAGCAUCCCCACGUUCUUUCUGCGCUCUGUCACAGUCGUCCCUGAUCUGAACAUCUCUGCCUGCAUUCUGCUUUUCCCCCACGAAGCUUGGCACUUUGCAAGGAUGGUGGAGUUGAACAUUUUGGGUUUUCUCCUCCCAUUGGCUGCCAUCCUCUACUUCAACUUUCACAUCCUAGCCUCCCUGAGAGGACAGAAGGAGGCCAGCCGGUGUGGGGGACCUAAGGGCAGCAAGACAACGGGGCUGAUCCUCACACUGGUGGCCUCCUUCCUGGUCUGCUGGGCCCCUUACCACUUCUUUGCCUUCCUGGAUUUCCUGGUCCAGGUGAGAGUGAUCCAGGACUGCUCCUGGAAGGAGCUCACGGACCUGGGCCUGCAGCUGGCCAACUUCUUUGCUUUUGUCAACAGCUGCCUGAACCCACUGAUUUAUGUCUUUGCAGGCCGGCUCUUUAAGACCAGGGUUCUGGGAACUUUAUAAAUGAUGCACCUCUUUAUAAAAUGCCUGUAUUUCCCAGUAGGAAAGAACUCUUCCAACUGUCCUGCUGGAAUUGAAACAGCAUCGAGCCAAGAAG